UGUUUUCACCGGAAUUUCUUCAGCAACUGACCACGUGUCUUAGUUUCGUAUUUGCACCCAUCUAUAUGCUAGGAAUCAUGGUGACACCUACAUGUUGUAUAUCAACAUUUUUACUAAGCACUCAGCUACAUUUGACAUGCAUCCUAAAAUUAUUGUAUACAUUUUUACACAUGUAAUAUCACUUCAAAUACAGGGUAAUUCCAUUUUUUGAAAAAGUUGAACGGGCCUAUAGUGCGAAACUGUCCCCUGCUACCUUACUUUCAGUUUUAAUGUUGCCCAGAGGAGAAGGGCGCACUUGUUUCACCCGAGUUAUGCCGCUUACGGAAGCGGAUAACCCGGUCGUCGCCCGGAAGUCCGAAACAAAUGCGUCCUGUGAGAAAGCUCAAAGCAGGUCAUGGACAAAAAAUCUGAAAAACCCAAGUUGGUAGUAUUUGAUCUUGAUUACACGCUUUGGCCUUUCUGGAUUGACACACACUAUGAUGCUCCUUUCACAAAAAUAAGCAACACAGAUGUCAAAGAUUGUCAUGGUCGACAGGUACCUUAUUACCAGGCUGUACCGAGAGUUUUACAAAAUCUGAAGAGAGAUGGCAUUAUGGUCGGGGUGGCCUCAAGAACCUCUUGCACCAGCGAAGCAAGGGAGCUAAUCCAAUGCUUUGAAUGGGAUCAAUAUUUUGACUAUGUACAGAUUUAUCCAGGGGGUAAAACAAAGCAUCUAACACAAAUCAAGGAAGACAGUGGAAUAGAGUUUCAUGAUAUGAUAUUCUUUGAUGAUGAACACAGAAAUAUACGAGAUGUAUCAAAGUUAGCAAUGCAAAAUAGAGAGUUGGGAAACAUGGACCCCUGGAUAACAGAGAUGGGAUCAAGUGCCUAGGAGGAGUAAGCAUUCCCUGUUGACCGGUCACACUAUGUAUUGAUUUAGGUGUGACAUCUUUCUUUGUUCAAGAUGGCGUCACCAAUGAAGUCAUGCGCUGUGGAUUUGACAACCAUAAAAAUGGUGUAAAACAUAAUAUAUGAUGAAACUCAUAGUGUUUAAUCAAGGUAGCUUAUUACACUAAAAAAAUUAAUUGCUCAUUUUUGUAAAACAUAAUUUUUAUUAUUCAGGGAAAAACACCCAGAAAUUCAUAUAAAAUACUUGAGAACUUGUAUUGUAAACUCUUUUGAAGGUGAAAUCAUGCUUCAUAUGAGAUGCUUUAGCGAGACAUUAGAUAUGAUUAUAGUGCAAAGAGCUACUUUAGAUUUUACUGUGUACCAUAUAAUUUAUAUUUUCAGUAAAGCCAUUCUUGUGAUUUUUAGAAAAUUGUAUUUCUCACCCUUCUUCUCAUGAGUCACUGUGUCCUUUUCAUCUAAACUUACAUACAUAUAUAUACUACAAAGCAACCUUGACUGACAGGGAUUCAAACUGCAUGUAGUUUUAAAAAAUGGACUUUUCCUAUACUGAGGGGAGAUAAUGGGGACAGUAAUGAAAAUAAGAUGGGAUGUUUGAUUGAUUGAUUCAUGUUUUCCGCCACACUCAACAAUUUUUCAGUUAUGUUUGAAUAGUCCUCCAUUAAGAACCACCUGACCAGAAAAACAGAAGCUUGCAUUAAUUAUUUUAUAUACCGAAGAUUAAAUUUUGUUCACCUGUGACAUAUUGGGCCGGGGUUGGACCACAACAGGGUGUUUAAAGUUUUACUGAAGACCAUUAAAGAAGAAAUAUUUACAAAUCUUCUCACAAGCCUACAGUUUAUCAAAUUAAUAUGCAAACAUUUUCAUGUAAUGUAGAUUUAUGCAUAUGCAAAUCAUGACUCCUGAGGUUAAGAUGGGACAACAAUUGUGAAUAAUUAAAAAUAUUUUCAAGAAUUGCGAGGUUGCAGUAUGUCAAGAAAAUAUUGAUGAGAUUGACCAAUCUCUUCACAAAGUACAUUGUAAACUUUGAAUUUAGUCGUUGACCCUAAAAUGAAAGGUUAAUAGUUCAAUGCAUUACUUAUUUGGGAAAUAGAAUUGGAUCAUAAGGGCUGCUAUGUUGACAAUACUUGCUUUGCCCUGAACAUUAACAGUUCUCGUGUUCAUAUUUUAAGAAAUCUUUCACAUUUAGUCUUCUUUUUUCUGUUAAGACCAUUCAGUGAACUGUUAUAUAGUCAUGGCAUUAUGGGUUUGAUUUUACCAUAUUUGUUUAGAGUUUAACAAAGCUAUAAAUGGAUAUGUACAUUUGAUUUUGACAUGUUAUUUUUAAGACUUGUUAUCGUUGUAUAUAUGCCUCAGGAAUUUAAUGUAUCUGAAACUGUUUAUUGUAUAUAUUGUGAAACGUUAUUAAUAUGUACAUUUAUUAAACUCAUGGAUUUGAA